CCGAGACCGUUUUUGGUGGUGUUGUGAUGCUAGGGUAUCUCAGCAUCUACAAUAGCGGUUCGCUGUAAGCUGUUAGCGGUUCGCUCUACACUGUUAUAAAACGGUGUUUGGUUGUUGUGAAGACAAUUUGUCUGUGGCAUUUAGCUACUUUUUCAGAUUAUCGCUGUUUGAUUCUCAAAGAUAUCGUCAUGGCGCAGUACAAAGGAGCAGCAAGCGAGGCUGGAAGAGCCAUGCAGCUGAUAAAAAAGCGUGAAAAGGAAAGAGAACAACUUUCACAGCUAAAGGAGAAAAUUGCUCAGGUCAGUUAACUUGUUAGUUAGCAAGCUAAGUAAUAUUAUUGCAUAUUCUAUGCUUUCCAGUUACUGAAAGCCUUCAACGUUACAGCAUUACCUAUUUCCCCCCUCUUAACUAUCUGAAUGUCUCCUGCAGGACAACAUGGUCAAGUCCAACAUCGAUAAGAAGUUCUCAGCUCAUUAUGAUGCGGUGGAAGCAGAGCUCAAAUCCAGCACUGUUGGUAAGUAUUGUAGCUAGCUAGGCAAGUUAUAAGAAAAUAAUGGUAUUUUUGCAUGUCAGGCACUUUUUUAUUACUAGGAUGAAUGUUUCAAUACGUAAUUGUUAAGAACACAAUCUUACUGCGAUAAUGUGUUACCUUGUCAGGUCUGGUGACACUCAAUGAUAUGAAGGCCAGGCAGGAGGCACUUGUGAAAGAACGAGAAAAGCAACUGGCCAAGAAGGAGCAAUCAAAGGAGUUGAUGCUGUGAGUUACUGUAUUCCCUGAGUUACUGUAUUCCCUGACACUUUUGUCUGCUAUGAUCUCUCAAUGACUCAUGAUUAUGGACGAAGUCUUCUGGUCUUCUGUCGAAAGCUGUUGUCAGUGUCUCUCUUUCUGUCUACCUUCAGGAAGCUGUUGUCAGUGUCUCGUCUCUCUUUCUGUCUACCUUCAGGAAGCUGUUGUCAGUGUCUCGUCUCUUUCUGUCUACCUUCAGGAAGCUGUUGUCAGUGUCUCGUCUCUCUUUCUGUCUACCUUCAGGAAGCUGUUGUCAGUGUCUCGUCUCUCUUUCUGUCUACCUUCAGGAAGCUGUUGUCAGUGUCUCGUCUCUCUUUCUGUCUACCUUCAGGAAGCUGUUGUCAGUGUCUCGUCUCUCUUUCUGUCUACCUUCAGGAAGCUGUUGUCAGUGUCUCGUCUCUCUUUCUGUCUACCUUCAGGAAUCUGUUGUCAGUGUCUCGUCUCUCUUUCUGUCUACCUUCAGGAAGCUGGAGAAGCAGAAGGAGAAGAAGAGAAAGGAAGAGCAGAAGAGAAAGAUAGCCAGUUUAUCCUUUAAUCCGGAAGAUGAAGAGGAGGAGGAAGAGGAGAAAGAGGAGACCGAUGAAGAGGAAGAGGAAGAGGACUGUGAGUGGUGUUAAUAAUAAAUCAGUUGUUUAUAUCCACAAGACUUAUGUAUUGUAAUGAAACAGGCAGGGAGCAGGUCUUGAACCCUCAACCUUCUAGCCCGAAGUCCAGAGCGCCAUCGACUGUGCCCCAAAAGCAUGCUCGCGUGGCAGAGUCGAUCUCCGCGCUUAUAAACCCAGGGUCGUUACACAACUCCCUCCUUUCAAAGUGAACGUCCUCGCGCUAACCUACAACUCAACGUCUUACAGGAACGCGCUCACCGGCCAAGCACACGCACGUUCGUGGAUGCAAGGUCCGAUCCCACUUCUGACACCAAUGUAAUGAAAAAGGCAGGGGAGCAGGUCUCGAACCCUCAACCUUCUAGCCCGAAGUCCAGUGCGCCAUCGACUGUGCCCCAAAAGCAUGCUCCCGUGGCAGAGUCGAUAUCCGCGCUUAUAAACCCAGGGUCGUUACAGUAUAUUAUUAUUGUUUGAGAACAAUCAAUGAAUACUGACUUUUAUCUUCUAAAGAUUUCCCUGCUAAGAAGAAGAAGCUAGGGAAGAACCCAGAUGUGGACACCAGUUUCCUGCCUGACCGGGACCGAGAGGUGAGCCUUAUGCAUGCCCACUAUUCAUAACACGAGUCACACUCAUUUUCUAAAAAUCUAACCUCUCACAUUGAAAUCUGGCCUGCGUGUAAAUCAAGAGUUCUUUGACUACUGUCCAGCAUGCACAGGGAAUACACUAUAUACAUGUCCUAUGCUGUAUAUACACAGAGCUCAAGCUUAAAAUGUGUUAUUGUGAGUUUAGGAGGAGGAGAAUCGUCUUCGAGAGGAACUGCGCCAGGAGUGGGAGGGAAAGCAAGAAAAGAUUAAGAGUAGGUGUGAUAAUAAAUAUCCAUGACGAUGACAUCCACUGCCCUUCUAUAUUGGUCCCUAUGGUACAUCCACUGCCCUUCUAUAUUGGUCCCUAUGGUACAUCCACUGCCCUUCUAUAUUGGUCCCUAUGGUACAUCCACUGCCCUUCUAUAUUGGUCCCUAUGGUACAUCCACAGCCCUUCUAUAUUGGUCCCUAUGGUACAUCCACUGCCCUUCUAUAUUGGUCUCUAUGGUACAUCCACUGCCCUUCUAUAUUGGUCCCUAUGGUACAUCCACUGCCCUUCUAUAUUGGUCCCUAUGGUACAUCACCGCUCUUCUAUAUUGGUCCCUAUGGUACAUCCACUGCCCUUCUAUUGGUCCCUAUGGUACAUCCACUGCCCUUCUAUAUUGGUCUCUAUGGUACAUCCACUUCCCUUCUAUAUUGGUCCCUAUUGUACAUCCACUGCCCUUCUAUAUUGGUCUCUAUGGUACAUCCACUGCCCUUCUAUUGGUCCCUAUGGUACAUCCACUGCCCUUCUAUAUUGGUCCCUAUGGUACAUCCACAGCCCUUCUAUAUUGGUCCCUAUGGUACAUCCACUGCCCUUCUAUAUUAGUCCCUAUGGUACAUCCACCACCCUUCUAUAUUGGUCCCUAUGGUACAUCCACUGCCCUUCUAUAUUUGUCCCUAUGGUACAUCCACUGCCCUUCUAUUGGUCCCUAUGGUACAUCCACUGCCCUUCUAUAUUGGUCCCUAUUGUACAUCCAUUGUCCUUCUAUAUUGGUCCCUAUGGUACAUCCACAGCCCUUCUAUAUUGGUCCCUAUGGUACAUCCACUGCCUUUCUAUAUUGGUCCCUAUGGUACAUCCACUGCCCUUCUAUUGGUCCCUAUGGUACAUCCACAGCCCUUCUAUAUUGGUCCCUAUGGUACAUCCACAGCCCUUCUAUAUUGGUCUCUAUGGUACAUCCACUGCCCUUCUAUAUUGGUCCCUAUGGUACAUCCACUGCCCUUCUAUUGGUCCCUAUGGUACAUCCACUGCCCUUCUAUUGGUCCCUAUGGUACAUCCACUGUCCUUCUAUAUUGGUCCCUAUGGUACAUCCACCGCCCUUCUAUAUUGGUCCCUAUUGUACAUCCACUGCCCUUCUAUAUUGGUCCCUAUGGUACAUCCACAGCCCUUCUAUAUUGGUCCCUAUGGUACAUCCACUGUCCUUCUAUUGGUCCCUAUUGUACAUCCACAGCCCUUUUAUAUUGGUCUCUAUGGUAAAGAUAAAUAAAUAAAUAGGUCAUUUAGCAGACGCUCUUAUCCAGAGCGACUUACAGGAGCAAUUAGGGUUAAGUGCCUUGCUCAAGUGCACAUCGACAGAUUUUUCACCUAGUCAGCUCGGGGAUUAGAACCAGCGACCUUUCGGUUACUGGCACAACGCUCUUAACCACUAAGCUACCUGCCGCCCUAAGAUGAGUUUAAAUGAAUAGUUCACCACCCUGCUAAUUACAACCUUGUCAUGAUAAUGACACUCAUUAAUCUUCUGUGCAGGUGAAGAAAUUGAGAUCACAUUCUCCUACUGGGAUGGAUCGGGGCAUCGUAAGACUGUCAAGGUACAGUGAGACAAAACAGGUUUCUGCCGGAUAGCAAAUCCAUUGUUGGAGCUAUACAUGAACUUUCCGUCCAUGUACAGUUGAAGUCGGAAAUUUACAUACACCUUAGCCAAAUACAUUUAAACUCGUGUUCACAAUUCCUGACAUUUAAUCCUAGUAAAAAUUCCCUGUCUUAGGUCAGUUAGGAUCACCAAUUUAUUUUAAGAAUGUGAAAUGUCAGAAUAAUAGUAGAGAGAAUUAUUUAUUUCAGCUUUUAUUUCUUUCAUCACAUUUCCAGUGGGUCAGAAGAUUAAAUACACUCAAUUAGUAUUUGGUAGCAUUGCCUUUAAAUUGUUUAACUUGGGUCAAAUGUUUCGGGUAGCCUUCCACAAGCUUCCCACAAUAAGUUGGGUGAAUUUUGGCCCAUUCCUCCUGACAGAGCUGAUGUAACUGAAUCAGGUUUGUAGGCCUCCUUGCUCGCACACGCUUUUUCAGUUCUGCCCACACAUUUUCUAUAGGAUUGAGGUCAGGGCUUUGUGAUGGCCAUUUUGCCACAACUUUGGAAGUAUGCUUGGGGUCAUUGUCCAUUUGGAAGACCCAUUUGCGACCAAGCUUUAACUUCCUGACUGAUGUCUUGAGAUGUUGCUUUAAUAUAUCCACAUCAUUUUCCUUCCUCAUGAUGCCAUCUAUUUUGUGAAGUGCACCAGUCCCUCCUGCAGCAAAGCUCCCCCACAGCAUGAUGCUGCCACCCCCGUGCUUCACGGUUGGGAUGGUGUUCUUCGGAUUGCAAGCCACCCCCUUUAUCCUCCAAACAUAACGAUGGUCAUUAUGGCCAAACAGUUCAACUUUUGUUUCAUCAGACCAGAGGACAUUUCUCCAAAAUGUAAGAUCUUUGUCCCCAUGUGAAGUUGCAAACCGUAAUCUGGCUUUUUUAUGGCGGUUUUGGAGCAGUGGCUUCUUCCUUGCUGAGCUGCCUUUCAGGUUAUGUCGAUAUAGGACUUGUUUUACUGUGGAUAUAGAUACUUUUGUACCUCUUUCCUCCAGCAUCUUCACAAGGUCCUUUGCUGUUGUUCUGGGAUUGAUUUGCACUUUUCGUAAGUACGUUCAUCUCUAGGAGACAGAACGCGUCUCCUUCCUGAGCGGAAUGACGGCUGCGUGGUCCCAUGGUGUUUAUACUUGCGUACUAUUGUUUAUACAGAUUAACGUGGUAUCUUCAGGCGUUAGGAAAUUGCUCCCAAGGAUGAACCAGACUUGUGGAGGUCUACAAUUUCUUUCCUGAGGUCUUGGCUGAUUUCUUUUGAUUUUCCCAUGAUGUCAAGCAAAGAGGCACUGAGUUUGAUGGUAGGCCUUCAAAUACAUCCACAGGUACACCUCCAAUUGACUCAAAUGAUGUCAAUUAGCCUAUCAGAAGCUUCUAAAGCCAUGACAUCAUUUUCUGGAAUUUUCCAAGCUGUUUAAAGGCACAGUCAACUUAGUGUAUGUAAACUUCUGACCCACUGGAAUUGUGAUACAGUGAAUUAUAAGUGAAAUAAUCUGUCUGUAAACAAUUGUUGGAAAAAUUACUUGUGUCAUGCACAAAGUAGAUGUCCUAACCGACUUGCCAAAACUCUAGUUUCUUAACAAGAAAUGUGUGGAGUGGUUGAAAAACUAGUUUUAAUGACUCCAACCUAAGUGUAUGUAAACUUCCGACUUCAACUGUACCUACCCGUACACUAUAGCAUGUAUCGGUCUACACUGUUGUUUACUACAGAUGAAGAAAGGCAACACCAUGCAGCAGUUCCUUCAGAAAGCACUGGAGGUCCUGAGGAAAGAUUUCAGUGAGCUCAGGUAAGAGGUGAUGAGUGACUGAAGCGGUGGCUUUGGUUUUAUAUAGGAGGUAUUCACUAGAAAACAGAAUGAAACUGGGAGGGACCUACCUGAAUUUUUUCCAAUAGAAACUCUUUUUCGUUUCAAAACGUUUUCCAUUUGGAGUAAACUAUUUCCUUAGUAAAAUGUUUUGCAACUGUUUGCUACAGUCUUCGUCUAAUGAAUACACCCUAGGUUUAUAGUGUCCUGCAGCGAGUGCCCACGGGCACUAACAUUAUAGCAUUACCAUUGAUUUGAUCCUUUUUUAUAAUUUAUUACAUUUGUAAAGCGUUUUUCAUUAUACAACAAUAUCAAAGUGCAUAAAAUAAAAUAUAUAUUAGAAAAAUAGUUAAGUUUAAAUAUAUAUAUAUAUAAAUAUAUAUAUACAUACACACACACACAGUACCAGUCAAAAGUUUGGACACACCUACUCAUUCCAGGGUUUUUCUUUAUUUUUACUAUUUUGUAUUUUUACUAUUUUGUAAUAGUGAAGACAUCAAAACUAUGAAAUAACACAUGUAUCAUGUAGUAAACAAAAAAGUGUUAAACAAAUCAAAAUAUAUUUUAUUAUUUGAGAUUCUUAAAUUAGCCACCCUUUGCCUUGAUGACAGCUUUGCACAUUCUUGGCAUUCUCUCAACCAGCUUCAUGAGGUAGUCACCUGGAAUGCAUUUCAAUUAACAGCUGUGCCUUCUUAAAAGUUAAUUUGUGAAAUGUAUUUCCUUCUUAAUGCGUUUGAGCCAAUCAGUUGUGUUGUGACAAGGUAGGGGGGGUAUACAGAAGAUAGCCCUAUUUGGUACAAGACCAUGUUCAUAUUAUGGCAGGAACAGCUCAAAUAAGCAAAGAGAAACGACAGUCCAUCAUUACUUUAAGACAUGAAGGUCAGUCAAUCCGGAAAAUGUCAAGAACUUUGAAAGUUUCUUCAUGUGCAGUCGCAAAAACCAUCAAGCGCUAUGAUGAAACUGGCUCUCAUGAGGUCUGCGACAGGAAUGGAAGACCCAGAGUUAACUCUGCUGCAGAGGAUAAGUUAAUUAGAGUUACCAGACUCAGAAAUUGCAGCCCAAAUAAAUGCUUCACAAAGUUCAAGUAACAGACACAUCUCAACAUCAACUGUUCAGAGGGGACCGUGUGAAUCAGGCCUUCAUGGUCGAAUUGCCGCAAAGAAACCACUACUAAAAGACACCAAUAAUAAGAAGAGACCUGCUUGGGCCAAGAAACACGAGCAAUGGACAUUAGACCGGUGGAAAUGUGUCCUUUGGUCUGGAGUCCAAAUUGGAGAUUUUGGGUUCCAACCGCCGCGGCUUUGUGAGACGCGGUGUGGGUGAACGGAUGAUCUCCACAUGUGUAUUUCCCACCGUAAAGCAUGGAGGAGGAGGUGUUAUGGUGUGGGGGUGCUUUGCUGGUGACACUGUCUGUGAUUUAUUUAGAAUUCAAGGCACACUUAACCAGUAUGGCUACCACAGCAUUCUACAGCUAUACGCCAUCCCAUCUGGUUUGGGCUUAGUGGGACUAUCAUUUGUUUUUCUACAGGACAAUGACCCAACACACCUCCAGGCUGUGGAAGGGCUAUUUUACCAAGAAGGAGAGUGAUGGAGUGCUGCAUCAGAUGACCUGGCCUCCACAAUCCCCCGACCUCAACCCAAUUGAGAUGGUUUGGGAUGAGUCAGACCGCAGAGUGAAGGAAAAGCAGCCAACAAGUGCUCAGCAUAUGUGGGAACUCUUUCAAGACUGUUGGAAAAGCAUUCCAGGUGAAGCUGGUUGAGAGAAUGCCAAGAGUGUGCAAAUUUGUCAUCAAGGCAAAGGGUGGCUAUUUCAAGAUUCUCAAAUAUAAAAUAUAUUUUGAUUUGUUUAACACUUUUUUUGUUUACUACAUGAUUCCAUAUGUGUUAUUUAAUAGUUUUGAUGUCCUCACUAUUAUUCUACAAUGUAAAAAUAAAGAAAAACCUGUGAAUGAGUAGAUGUGUCCAAACUUUUGACCGGUAGUACACAGUAUAUACCAUGGAAUUGUUGAGUACUCAUUUCUGAUUGGCUUUAAGGACAUUCUAGAGCAUGUAUUAUUUCCUAUAAUGCACAGUAUAAUUCAAUGGCUAUGAAGUUAAUUCUUACAUGAUCUAUGUUUGAGCUGCUUUUGAAAGCAAAACUUCAAUUUAAAACAUUAUUGGCAUUGUUUAAUUUGAUUUUCAUAAUAGCAAACUAGGACUGAUGGUUUGGUUCAUAUAAAUAUAAUGAAUAGAACAGGCUUGGAAGCUUGGAAACCGGGCGAUUUGACUGGUAAACUCAUGGGUACACUUGCAAUGGCUGCCUGGUAUUGUGAUGCAAUAAUAUCCAUGGUAUUUUGGAAUGGUCUAUCAACUGACAUGGAUUGCCAUGGUAAUGUAGAAUGUUCAUUCAACUGAUGUGGCUCAUGCAAUGUAAUGUAUUUUUUGUAAUGUCAGUUGAGUUGAAUCAACAAAUCACAGCACAGAUUGAACAUCAUGUCUAGAGGGGAUCCGUCUUUUGUAAAGUUUACGUCAAAAGUGUAUCUAUUUUUUUUUGGGGGGGGGUGCAUUUUAGCUAACCCUAACCCUUUUUCUAACCUUAAUUAACCUAAUUCUCUAACCUGCCACGUUUAUUCUCCUAACCUGUCGCGCAGGUUCUCCUAAGCCUGCUACGAAAAGUCAAUUCUGUCAGAAGCUGGAUCCCUUCUAGCCAUGACCCAGAUUGAAGAGGACACUUCCUGCUUUUACUCUAGGUUCAAAAUAUACAGGUUAAGAAAACAGGAUUCUAAUAUCACAUGACUCCUUGCGCCACUAUUCAACAAGGGACCAGCUUCCGCAUUUGGAAUGACUGGGAGUGAAUGGUAGCAGCACAGAAAGUUAACCAUCAGAGUGAAAAAUAAACACAAUCAUAGUGAAUUUCAGCUAACUACUCAGUGAAAACAUAGCAUAACUGCUUUACUGUCAUUCUAUUCAUUUAGACGUUUAAACAAUUAUUUACAGACACUUUAUUAGUGGAUUUCCCGACUGCUGUUCACGGUUUCACUGCUAAUCCUGUAGAAUCCAGCAACAGCGCUGGUCCCAUUAAUUUGUUUUCGAACGUUAUAGUUUUAACCAUGUUUUGAGGCUAUACAGUGUUUAUUACAUUUACUUUGUUUACAAACAAGCUUUUGUUUUGGGUUCUGAUGGGUACCACAGUUGGAACUAGUCUCAUGAGGCAUUUAUAAGCUUUAUUCUUCAAGAAUCAAUGGAUACAUAUUAUUAAGUUCUAAGUCCAGAAAUGGAUGUUGCAACAGCUGAUUUCCCCUUCAACCUUCCCAUCUUUUACCUAGCUUUUACUCUAGGUUGAAGAUGGGUAUAUUUUAAACCUAGCUUUUACUUCCUGGCAUGAGUAUACUCAAAAUGGCUGCCAGUCCACCCGUUAUACCAUCGUUUGACUUGAAUAGAGAUGCUCCUUCUAUUCAUUCUAUUUCUAUGGUUCGGUUAGCUAAAGUCUGUUUGGUUACCAAGGCAACUACUGUAGCUAUCUAGUCAACUUGCUAGCUACUUCAGUGGAUGUUGAACACAUUUCUAGAGGGAAAUGUGUCAAUUAUAGCCGCGGUAUAAGCAAGAUAAUCAACUCUCGGUUCUGUGUUCUCUGGGAAAUAAUGCAACUCUGUGGAAGGUUGGUGCUACUCGGCUAGAACCAUUACAUUUUACAUUUUAGUCAUUUAGCAGACGCUCUUAUCCAGAGCGACUUACAGUUAGUGAAUACAUAUUUUUUUCAUAUAUUUUUUUUAUACUGGCCCCCCGUGGGAAACGAACCCACAACCCUGGCGUUGCAAACGCCAUGCUCUAUCAACUGAGCUACAUCCCUGCCGGCCAUUCCCUCCCCUACCCUGGACGACGCUGGGCCAAUUGUGCACCGCCCCAUGAGUCUCCCGGUCGCGGCCGGCUGCGACAGCCUGGAUUCGAACCAGGAUCUCUAGUGGCACAGUUAGCACUGCGAUGAGCCAGAUAUUUCACUGGAUGUGUAAAUGUGAAGCGUCCGGUUGGCAUUUCCACUCACUACCAAAUAUGGUGGUGAGAGGAAGGCCUGUGGGAGGAAUUUGUCCGACAUUCUGCUAAUUUUCUCAUCGAUUAAACAUUUGAUGUCCAUACAGUUGUUUUUGUUUCCAAAACUAGAAUCUGUAACAAAGAGUGGACUGCGUUUUGUAGACUACCCUUUGCCAAAGUAAAAAAAAUAUAUUAUGUUGUUUAGAAAGAGUGCAAGGGCGAAUUUAGUUAUCGCACAUGUGCACUUCAGAGUAGGCGCUUCCUAAUGGAAAUAUGCAAAUAAAUGCUAGAACGCGCCAAUAGGAUUUCACUAGCUCGUGUUUGGCUCUGCCCACCUCCUUGCUUGUUCUGCCCACUAUGAUUAAUUUGCUCCCAUUGGAAAACGACAGGGUUAGUAUUCCAAUGUCUUGGGUUAGUUCAAAAAAUAAAUAUUUGGCAUCGUGGCACAUACCUCCCACAUGGUCUAUUAUUUUCCAUAGAAUGCAUAGCCCCUCGUUGAUUAUCCCUUACAUAUAUCUAUGAAGGAAGGUUGUCAAAUGUUGGUUGUUGUUCGUAGGGCUGCUGGUGUGGAGCAACUGAUGUAUAUCAAAGAGGAUUUGAUCAUCCCACAUGUAAGUGCUACUAGACUGAUUUAUCCCAUUUAUACAUUUAUAGCUCUUCUUGAUCUUAAAUUGAACAGUUAUCUCUCUGUUUUCUCGUACAUCACAGUUAAUUAUCUCAGUUUUCUCUUACAUCACAGUUAAUUAUCUCUGUGUUUUUUACAUUUUUAGUCAUUUAGCAGACGCUCUUAUCCAGAGCGACUUACAGUUAUUGAGUGCAUACAUUUUCAUUCUGGCCCCCCGUGGGAAACGAACCCACAACCCUGGCGUUGCAAGCGCCAUGCUCUACCAACUGAGCUACAGGGGACUACUGUUUUCUCAUACAUCACAGUUAAUUAUCUCUGUGUUUUCUCAUACAUCACAGUUAAUUAUCUCUGUGUUUUCUCAUACAUCACAGUUAAUUAUAUCUGUGUUUUCUCAUACAUCACAGUUAAUUAUCUCUGUGUUUUCUCAUACAUCACAGUUAAUUAUCUCUGUGUUUUCUCAUACAUCACAGUUAAUUAUAUCUGUUUUCUCAUACAUCACAGUUAAUUAUCUCUGUGUUUUCUCUCUUAGCAUCAUAGUUAAUUAUAUCUGUUUUCUCUUCUAGAAUCAGUUAAUUAUCUCUGUUUUCUCUUCUAGAAUCACAGUUAGUUAUCUCUGUUUUCUCUUCUAGAAUCACAGUUAGUUAUCUCUGUUUUCUCUUCUAGAAUCACAGUUAGUUAUCUCUGUUUUCUCUUCUAGAAUCACAGUUAGUUAUCUCUGUUUUCUCUUCUAGAAUCACAGUUAGUUAUCUCUGUUUUCUCUUCUAGAAUCACAGUUAGUUAUCUCUGUUUUCUCUUCUAGAAUCACAGUUAGUUAUCUCUGUUUUCUCUUCUAGCAUCACAGUUAGUUAUCUCUGUUUUCUCUUCUAGCAUCACAGUUAGUUAUCUCUGUUUUCUCUACUAGCAUCACAGUUAGUUAUCUCUGUUUUCUCUACUAGCAUCACAGUUAGUUAUCUCUGUUUUCUCUUCUAGCAUCACAGUUAGUUAUCUCUGUUUUCUCUACUAGCAUCACAGUUAGUUAUCUCUGUUUUCUCUUCUAGCAUCACAGUUUCUAUGACUUCAUUGUGACGAAAGCUCGAGGCAAAUCUGGUGAGUGGAAACCUCAAAGUUCUUCUAAAAUGUACAGUAUAUUGAAAUAUGUAUGGAAGUUCACUGAUGGCAUGUAUUUAACUUUAUUCUACCACAGGCCCACUCUUCAGCUUUGACGUCCACGAUGACAUUCGGCUGGUGAACGACGCCACGGUUGAAAAAGACGAGGUUAGGAGAUCCGUAUUGUUUAAUCACAAUUAAUAUACUGUUCAAUUUCCAAGUGUGUUUUGAUACUUUUUAGAAUCAAAAGGUAAUUUGUCAGUGCAGCUUUAACACCGGUGAGCCUCCUUGGUGUGUCGUAGUCUCACGCAGGUAAAGUGGUGCUGAGGUGCUGGUAUGAAAAGAACAAGCACAUCUUCCCCGCCAGCCGCUGGGAGCCCUACGACCCGGAGAAGAAAUGGGACAAAUAUACUGUGAGUAGUAUGUCUAACUUUAACACACUGCCAAUAUCUACAUUGGAAUAUUGUAAUUGCUUCCUUAGUUUUAUCAAACUAUGUGAAUUGGUAUUGUGGGUUUUUAUUUCGAGUGUGACGUCAUGUCGUCCUCCACAGCACUUCCUCCUGUGGCCAAUCACACGUCCAAAUAAAUCAUCAAAGGAAUGUAGCGUCAAUGGCUAGAUAGAUUGUUAUCGUGCCUAGUGGCUCAUGAUUUAUAGCCUUUUCAAACUGCAACAACGGGAUGGUUUCAUAAGUAUGCAACACAUGACACUGUAUGAGUGUCUGUGUUUAAAGCGUUGCAUGCAUGGUCCUGUUCACUUUCAGUUGUAGGUUCAUUAAACAUGUCAGAAAUGGCUAUCUGAGGCAACUCGAAAAUAGACCUAUUAAUAAUUGAAUAAUUAUAGUGAAAAUGUUAUUAUUCGGUAAAGCAUGGAUAUGAAGUUGGGAGGUUGAUCGUAAAAUGUGCAGAUGUUGCAACAUAAAUGAAAUAUUCUUCUUAAUUUCUUGUUUUUCAGAUCCGGUGAAAAUAUUGUCUUCAGGAUCAUUCUGGACACA